UCACCCAGCUGAUCGAGCCUACUCACACCAGCGUAUAAUUCCAGUUAUCUAUAAUUUUGACGCAAUGGCCGACGCUGCAGCAUCUCCCGCCAAGAAGGCCGCUAAGAAGAGUGCCAAGAAAACUGCAUCUCACCCCAAGUACUCUGCCAUGAUUGCAGCUGCCAUCGCUGCGUUGAACGAACGUAGUGGUUCCUCCCGUCAGGCUAUCCUGAAGUACAUCGUCGCUACCUACAAGGUAGAGGAGAAGGUCGCCUCCACCCAGCUGAAGCUUGCCCUGAAGCGAGGUGUUACCUCUGGUGCCCUCAAGCAGGUCAAGGGGGCUGGUGCCUCCGGCUCCUUCAGAAUCAACAAACCUGCUGUAGAAGAUAAGCCCAAGAAGAAAGUCAUCAAGAAGCCCGCUGCUAAGAAGGUCGUCAAGAAGCCCGUUGCUAAGAAGGUCGCCAAGAAGCCCGCAGCCAAGAAAGCCGCGAAAAAGCCCGCAGCCAAGAAGGCAGCUAAGAAACCUGCACCGAAGAAGGCAGCAAAGAAGCCCGCAGCCAAGAAGGCAGCAAAGAAGCCCGUGGCGAAGAAAGCGACAAAGAAGCCAGCUAAGAAGGCAGCAAAGAAGUAGACGUGUGUGUGCUGUGAACUUUAGUGUUAAGGUCAUCCAAAGGUGAAAUUUUAUAUUAUAACUCCGUUGGAGUAAUGUGUAUAGUAUAUUAAGAAUUUAUUGUACCUGAAAAUAUACCCUUAGUGAGGGUAGGAGAUCUCUUGUAUAUGAGAAUGUUUAUUAAAUGUUCUUUUUUA